AGACCUAAUGCAGACAGAGAAGCCGCGCGAGCUAACUCUGUGAGGUAAGAUGAACUGUGCCGUCUUAGACCUUCUAUAACUAUUAUGAAAGCAAUUCCUUGGGCUUGGCGGGCGAGUAUAAAGUGCCCGUUAGAGUUUCCUAUAAGAUGGAAGGAUCAUCACCACCCACGAGGUCUCAGAAAAUAUUACUUCUAUAAGAUAGAGAAAAGUCUUUUAACAUUCUCUUUGCUUCUUGUCGCUCGUUCGUUAGGCAUUAUUAUCUCACGAUGCGCUCAGCACUCCUUUCCCUCUCCGUCCUCAGCGGAGUCUUGGCAGCACGCCCGUUUCUCAACGAGCCUGAUACUGGUUUCGACGAGUAUUUCGCCGAUCUACCGGCCGGCGAACUACCACCUCUCGAAAAGCUCGUCGGACUGCCAGAUUUCGACGCAGCAGCGAGAAGAUAUCUUCCGAAGCAGAACUACACCUACUACCGCAAUGGCGCCGGUGGCGAGUGGUCAUACCGGAACAAUCUCGAGGUUUACAACCGCUACAAGCUUCGGCCAAGGACUAUGGUAGAUAUCACUAAUAUCGAGUCGACACUCCCCACUACGAUCCUUGGCCACAACUUUUCCGCGCCGUUCUUCAUUAGCCCGGCUGCUCGCGGAGGCUACGGCAACACCGACGGCGAGAAGGGGCUCGUCGAAGGCGCUGCCGCCGGUGAUAUCCUAUACAUGCCGGCCCAGCUAGCCAGCUUGACGAUCGAGGAGAUCGCGACCUUCAAGAAGGAGGACCAGGUCACCUUCCAGCAGGUGUACCUGGACGCGAACGACACGGCGACCAAGGAGGUGUUCGCGCGCGCCGAGAAGUCCGGAAGCAAGGCCAUAGUCUUUACCGUGGACUCGGCCGCGGACGGGAACCGCCACCGCGCGGCGCGGUACGGCGUCGGUUCUGCUGACUCCGCUUACACAUUGAUUACCUGGGACUUUUACGACCAUCUCCGCACGCUGACGGACCUCCCGAUCGUGUUGAAGGGCAUCCAGACGGUGGAAGACGCGCAGAAGGCUGUCGAGCACAAGGUUCCUGCAAUCUACCUCUCCAACCACGGAGGCCGGCAAAUCGACGGUGCGCGCUCGCCCCUCGAGGUGGCGAUCGAGAUCCACGAGCAGGCGCCGGAGGUAUUCUCGCAGCUGGAGGUGUACGCGGACGGCGGGGUGCGGUACGGCGCCGACGUGGUGAAGCUGCUGGCGCUGGGCGUGAAGGCCGUCGGGCUCGGCCGCCCGUUCAUGUACGCGAACGUGUACGGCACCGACGGGGUCAAGCGCGCCAUCGACAUGCUCAAGCACGAGAUCGCCAUCGACGCGGCGAACGCGGGCGUCACGGAUCUGAAGAAGAUUGAUCCGAGCAUCAUUGAUUGGACGCCGAACUGCGCGCAGCCGUAGAAGUUGAUAGGAGUAGUAUAGAAUUGUAUAUAAUUCCGAUGCAAUAAAAUAAAUAUCAGCCCAUCCAUUACACAUGUCCAUUUAGAGAUCUUUUCUUAGUACACAACCGGACGC